AAAAUGGAAAAUCCUAAGAGAUGUGUUGAUCUUAUUUGGGUUCUCGUUCUGAUUUCAAUUAUGACACCACCCCAACCUUUCUUGUAUUCGGAGGCGGAGCCAUUUCCCAAAUACACCGUGCACAUCGUAGAUAUCGGUCUUGAAAACCUCAUGGUUGGCUGUGGACGGGCGUAUCAACGACCUUUUUUUAAAACGAUUAACAAUGGUAGCGAGUACCUUAUUGAGUUUAAUAACGAUGAUGUUUACACCUGUGCUUUCAACUGGAGAAAUAAACAUACGAAAUUCGAAGUUUUUAAUCAAACAAUCAAUAAGCUUUGCAUCGGAGGGUUAGUAAGGAUUGUUUUUGGCGAGCCACUCACCGAGUUUGAUUUUUUGGAAGAAACAUGGGAAACGAUGUACACUUGA